AUGACAUCACAUGGAGACACAGCUUCCAUAAAUGAAAAGCCCGGGAUUGUAACCGCUUUUUACGAAGAACUUAAAUUUUGUUUUAUAAACACAGUCGAAUGCCUUUUAAAACAUUAUGACAAGGGAGUAAAAAAAUACGUGAAACAUCUGAAGAGCGAGGAUUGUCUGUUCCUUACUUUACAAGUUUGUAAUCAAUACCGGAAAAGACUUGUAAUUGUACACUAUAGAGAGCAUAGAGCCAAUGCAGAAAAGAGUGCUGUGGAAUUUGAUACCAAAACUGGGCAAAAGUGGGUAAAUUCCCUUGACCAUCAAAACGUCGUGAAGCUAAUCCUCUGGAGAAAUAUUCAGAUUACGAUAAUGUCAAAAGUAGAUGAUGAUGUAGGAGACGAAAGUGAAAAUGUUAAAGACUAUGAUGAAGCUGACAAUGAAUCUGAUAAGAGGUUUUACCUGUGUUUCGAUUAUGAUGCAACUGAUGAUGAAUUUGAUGAGAGGUUUAUUUCCUCAUUCCAAGUUAUACUUUUUCUUGAAUCCUAUUUUAGUUAUUGUACAGCUAAAAUUAUCAAUAUUUCCGAUCACGAGGCAGUAGAUCAACACAGUGAACUGAAGAAAUGGGCACUUGAAAAUCGAGUUCAAGACAUAACUGAUAAAGAAAAGUAUGCAAUAAGCAACUAUGUAUUAGAUGUAUUUGAGCGUAAUGUCUAUCAAAGAGAAAAAAGUCGACCUAAAUCCAAAGGAUGCUUCUUUCAUGAAAAGAAUUUUGGAUACAUGGGCUAUAAAUGGAAAUCAGAAUUCAAAGAAACCAUGAGCGAGUCAACGUAUACAGCAACGUGGAUCGCACCAGAUUUCGAAAUUUUGAAAAAAAAAGACCCUGACUUAUUUAAUAGCUCAUGGUGCGAAAUGAUCCAUUCAUCAUCCAAAUGUCGAAGGCGGAACGCGUACAAGUCCAAUAAGAAAAUCGGUAGAAAAUGCGACGGUAUACUUUUCAUAAAAAGUAGCACAAUAGAAAGAUUGGUGUUCGAAAAUGUUUGCUCCCCCAAAAAGGAGAACCGUCCAAAGUAUUAUAAAGAUUUAAAUAAGUCAUUUCGUAAUGCAGUCGAUACUCUGUGCAAAAUAUUUUGGACAAAUGGGCAAGAUGUGGAAAUCUCAGGAAAUAUAAAAAUCAAGGUGAACUCUGGAAGAUAUGCUUUGCCGACAAAGACAAAUUUCUUGAUGAAAGAAUUUACAAGUUGGAAAUACCUUGGAAAUUCGAAGAUGACUGAACGAGAUUAG